UGAAGGAUGUCAUGCUGACUGUAGUUUCAAUCCCUACCAGAUAAAACUUGUCACCAACUAAUGUUCGAGAAGCGUGUUCAUAGUAAAGUAUAAUAAUGAUAUAGAAAGGGGGCCGGCUGGGAGUGGCCUGGUCGGUUAGUGGCUUGACGGGAUAUGUGUACGGAAGAUGCGAGAGAGAGUGAAGACUUUGGAUGAGCCGGGUGGAUUGAAGGAAAAGCGAAUAUCGAAUGAGCACGUGCCCUUUUGUGAGGCAAGUCGAUGGAUCGCCACAGGGGUGCACGAAUCGCAUUCGCGUUGGCAACUGAAACACACGUGGUGCAGCAGGACGGGAUGGGGUUCAGGGAGCAGCGGAGGAUGGGCGGGCUCGGGUCCGUGUUUGUGGGAGGGCCAGAGAAAAAAAAAGCGAGAUGCGGGCGUGGGCAAAGGACGUGAGUGUAGGCAAGCAGGCAGCGUGGUGAAGAAGCUGGCAAACUGGUCGUGAUUGAGUUUGGGCGCUGGCAGGUUGUCUGGCUUCCGAAACCAAAGGGAUGCAGGUGAAACCAGCAGUCGCGCUCACAUGACCCAGAGGCAAAUGACGCGGUGCGCUGCCGGCCUCUCCCUCUCACCCCGCCAACAGGUGGGUCGACGGCUUUCCCAUGUUGCGUUUCACGUCAGAGGGGUCU